AUGCAUACCAACGCGCUCCUCGCGGCGCUACUCGCGCCCGUGGCCUCGGCCCAGCUCAACGACCUCGCCGUGAGCGCAGGUCUCAAGUACUUCGGCACGGCUCUCAGUGAAGGCACUAUCAACAGCGACGGCACUUAUGCCUCUAUCCUCAACAGCAAGAGCAACUUUGGUCAGCUUGUGCCGGAGAACGGCAUGAAAUGGGACAGCACUGAGCCCAACCGCGGUUCCUUCAACUUCAACUCCGGUGAUAUCACCGCCAACCAGGCCAAGAAGAACGGCCAGGGUCUGCGUUGCCACACCUUGAUCUGGUACAGCCAGCUUCCCGGCUGGGUCUCCGGCGGGUCAUGGAACAGGGACUCGCUCACGUCGGUCAUGUCCACCCACAUUAGCAACGUCAUGGGCCACUACAAGGGCCAGUGCUACGCCUGGGACGUGGUCAACGAGGCGGCCUCGGACGACGGCGGCUGGCGUCCCAGCGUCUUCUACAACACCUUUGGCACCGACUACUUUGCCAUUGCCUUCAACCUGGCCAAGAGCGCCGACCCCAACGCCAAGCUGUACUACAACGACUACAACCUGGAGUACAACGCUGCCAAGACCGACCGCGCCGUGACCAUUGUCAAGACCAUCCAGGCUGCUGGUGCCCCUAUCGACGGUGUCGGUUUCCAGGGCCAUCUCAUCGUCGGCAGCACCCCGAGCCGGUCCGCCCUGGCCACCACUCUUCGGCGGUUUACCGCUCUCGGCCUGGAGGUCGCCUACACCGAGCUUGAUAUCCGCCACUCGAGCUUGCCCGCGUCGUCCUCCGCUCUUGCUGCCCAGGGUAACGACUAUGCCAACGUUGUCGGCUCUUGCCUUGAUGUCGAUGGUUGCAUUGGUGUCACCAUCUGGGGUUUCACCGACAAGGUCUCCUGGGUCCCGGGCACCUUCCCCGGCUCCGGUGCCGCCCUCCUCUGGGACGAGAACUACAACAAGAAGCCUGCAUGGACCUCCGUCUCCUCCGUCCUUGCCGCCGCUGCGACCGGCUCCCCUCCGGCCUCGUCGUCCACCACUCUGACUACUGUCACCACCAGCAAGCCGCCCGUCUCCAGCACGACCACCACUAGCACGACCAUCACUAGCAAGACCACCUCGGCUUCGGCGACGCCCACCGGUGGGAGCCAGCAGGCCCGCUGGGGCCAGUGUGGCGGUAUUGGCUGGGGCGGCCCGACCCUCCGACGGACCCUCACUACAAAUAUCAACCGCCCCCUUUUUACCUCGUACAUUCGCCUACAAUCUACCGACACCCAUCGGAGCACCGGCACUCCGCCCUUUGCCACCAGUGCUAGCGCACCAGCUCGUGUGUCCGACCGUAUCAAGCACGACCACCGCGAGCUUCAAGAGUAUUACCACAAUAUCAAAACGGCGCAACGUGACGAUGACAAGGUCCGAUGGCAGAACCAAUUCGUGUGGGAGUUGGCUCGGCACUCCAUUGCCGAAGAGAUGGUGGUGUAUCCUGCUUUCGAGAAGCAUAUUCCGGAUGGUGUGAAGAUGGCGGACAAGGAUCGAGCUGAACAUCAGGUGGUCAAACAAAUGCUCUACGACUUUGAGUCGCUCAGUCCCUCAGAUCAGACAUUCGAAGAAACCAUUGACACGCUCUGGCAGACUCUUGCCCAGCACAUCAAGGAAGAAGAACGGGAUGACUUGCCGGCGCUCGAGAGGGCCUUGGAUGCCACAGCAUCGGGGACGUUGGCACGAAGCUUUGACCGCACGAAGCACUUUGUGCCGACCCGUAGUCAUCCUUCCGCGCCGGACAAGCCCCCGUAUGAGACAGCUGCAGGACUGCUGGCGGCGCCGAUGGAUAAAUUGAUGGAUAUGUUUCGCAAGUUCCCGUAG